CCCAAUAAAAAUAUUUUAGCACCAGUGACAACGAGUUAAUUGUACAAUGAAAACAAGUUUCCGACUUCCGAGCAUCUGUCAUCAUCAUCUGUCAUUGAUGACUGUACAAUCAAUCAGUAUCCGCCUUUGUUUUAAUUAAUAAACUGUGAAAAAAGUAACAGGGUCUGCGAUGACGGCCCAAGUGCAAGCCUUGUAUGACUUCACGGGUGAGCCCGGCACCACGGAGAUGUCAAUCACCACUGGUGAAGUACUGACACUGUUGAAUACUGAGAUCGGUGAAGGUUGGUGGGAGGGAAGGAAUGCAAGAGGAGAAACUGGAUUAUUCCCUGCGGCAUACGUAAGAAAGCUUACCCCGGAAGAUGCAGUACAUGGUAAAGCAGCACCAGCAGCUCCUAGAUAUGACCAAGCAGCUGACGACUGGGGCGAUCAACAGUACAGUGCCGGUGACAACAACUACCAGCGAGCAGCGUCUCACGACGACGGCUGGGAUGAUGAUUGGGAUGACGACACAUAUUCUGAAAUUGGCCCCGCACAACAGAAAGCUCAACAAGCCCAACAAGCACCCAUGACUCCUCUGCCUGGGAUGCCAAUAAGUGAAUACAAUCACCAAAUCAGUGAUGACACCACAUCCAACUUUGGAUCAACAGUAGGGACAGUGAGAAAAAACAAAUUCGCUCCUUCUUCAAAAGUGAGUGGAGAGAGUUACCUGCUGGGCACAUUGAAUGUUGAAGUACCUGAUUCUGAAAAAGUUUACAUAAUUCAAGAUGAAGACGGAUACAUAUGGUCACCUAUACCACAACCAUUUUCUGUAACAGUGGCAUCCCCAAAGAAAGAAUCUAAAUUCAAAGGAAUCAAGAGCUUCAUAGCAUACCAGUUGACACCAUCUUUUAACAAUAUACAAGUGUCUAGAAGAUACAAGCACUUUGACUGGUUACAUGAAAGAUUGCAAGAAAAGUUCACUCUUAUUCCAAUCCCACCUUUGCCAGAUAAACAAAUUUCUGGCCGUUACGAUGAGCAGCUCAUAGAACGUCGAAGAGUUCAACUGCAAGAAUUUGUUGAUUGGAUGUGCAGACACCCAGUUCUUUCUAAAAGUGAAGUCUGGCAACACUUUCUUACAUGCACUGAUGAAAAGAGAUGGAAGGCAGGUAAGAGGCAAGCUGAAAGGGAUGCCCUGUUAGGCCUCAAUUAUUGUAUAUCACUAGUUGUACCUGAAAAAGCUUUAUUACAAUCACAAGUGGACCACAUCACAGAACAGUGCCACACAUUCGUCAGUAGUAUGGACACUUCAGUGAAAUCAGUGUCCAGUAUGUGUCUCGCACAAACUAAGAGGUUCCAAGGCCCAUACAAAACUGACUGCCAGAAAGUUGGUGAAGCCUUCUACAACCUAGGAAAUGCUCUCAGUUUAGAUGAAGGCUCUAUAGUCUCGACAUCUAAAUUAACUUCGGCCAUAAAGCUGACUGGAGGAGCUUAUAUUGAGAUUGGACGAAUGUAUGACGAACAACCGAAAUACGACUGGGAGCCUUUGGGUGACAAAUUCCAUUUAUACAAAGGCAUUGUUGGUAGCUUCCCUGAUGUUCUAGCAAAUCAUAAAGGAGCCGUUCAAAAGAAACGAGAAUGUGAACGGUUAACAGCUGAACACAAGAUGGAAGUAGCUCAGCUGAAUGAGGUGUUGCGAAGAACCGAUGUUAUUUCUUAUGCUCUUCUUGCCGAAAUAAACCACUUUAAGGCUGAAAGAACUACUGAUAUAAAGGCGACUAUGCAAAAAUUCCUAAGGCAGCAAAUCAAUUUCUACAAGAAAAUUGUUGAUAAAUUGGAAACAACUCUUCGACAAUAUGAUGAGUAGUUAAAUUGCUACUAAUAACUAAAGCAAGCAGUAAAUUGAAAAUAUUUCGAAAACAAUGUAAACGGCCUUGAAUUUUCUUAGUUACAUCUGUAUUCUAAAUUAUUGUGUAAAAUUACUAUGUAUUCAUUUUGUAUGUUUACAUAACUAGAAUCCAA